AUGUUUGCCUUUGGAGGAGCUUCCCUCAUCAUGGCUCUCUUCUUUGCUACCCUGGGCUUUAGCGACCGUCAGCUCGGGCUCUUUAUGACAAUGACGCUGGCCGGGGACACUGUGCUCUCCUUUGCGCUCACUUUCAUAGCGGACAGCAUCGGUAGACGCCGCGUCUUCGUCGGCGCUGGCCUGCUAAUGGCAGUCUCCGGGCUGGUAUUUAUCUAUUUUGAGAAUUUCUGGAUCCUAUUGCUUGCAGCCGUCGUCGGAGUAAUAUCUGCCACUGGCAGCGAUUUUGGGCCAUUCCGAGCUAUCGAAGAGUCGGUAUUAUCUCAUCUCACCAACCCAGAGACACGCCCGGAUGUGCUUUCGUGGUAUAUCGUGACGUCGAAUCUUGGAUCCGCUGCGGGUAUAGAAGUAGCUGGUCGGGUUGUUGAAGCUUUGAAGAAUCGUGACGGCUGGAGCGAGAGACUUGUAUACCAUGCCAUCUUUGCGGUCUAUGUCGUCAUGGGAGUCGUUAACAUGGGAUUUGCAUUCUUCAUGACUGACAACUGCGAAAUCGCCAAGCCGGCACCGUCGAUGGAUGACGGAACUCAAGCUGCACAAGGGCUUCUCAGCGAAUCUGAUGAAGAGAUAGAGGGCGAGAUGGCACCAGCCAGCACUGCGCCUCCAGUGCCACAGAAGAAAAGCCUAUUUUCAGGCAUAUCCGCGACAACCCGGUCCGUCAUGUAUAAACUCUGGUUUCUUCUCACCGUCGAUUCUUUGGCCGAUGGCAUGGCUUCUUACACGCUGACCAACUACUAUCUCGACCGCAAGUUUCAUUUGCCCAAGUCACAACUUGGCGACUACAUGUCCGCAAAUUACAUUCUUGGUGGCAUAUCUAGCGUCUUUGCUGGCCCCCUAGCACGACACUUGGGACUCGUCAACACGAUGGUCUUCACCCAUUUGCCAUCUUCAGUGGCCGUGCUACUCUUUCCAGCACCACAAGGGAUCGUCCUCACGGUGAUACUGUUGCUCAUCCGGGGUGGCCUAAACAACAUGGAUCAGGCUCCGCGAGCAGCCCUCAUCGCUGCAGUCGUGAAGCCCGUGGAGAGGACGGCGGUCAUGGGAAUUACAAACGCAUUACGGACAUUGGCCUCGACAAUUGGCCCGAGCAUAACAGGAGCUCUUGCAGACACAGACAGGUUCUGGGUGGCGUAUGUGGCUGCUGGUGCGCUCCGUGUGGCGUAUGAUAUAGGGCUCUGGGUUUUGUUUGUGAAUAUGAAGCUUCACUCGCACGAAGAGGGCGGCUCAGGCUCAAGCAGGUCAAGUAGAGUAAAUGAUGAAGAGGAUACGGUAGAGAUGGAUCCAGUCAAAAGGGAAGAAGAGGAACACGCUAGGUGA